AUGGAACACACAGAGCAACACAGAAACACUCCUUACAACAGAACACACCCUAUCAUGGAACACACAGAGCAGCACAGAAACACUCCUUACAACGGAACACACCCUAUCAUGGAACACACAGAGCAACACAGAAACACUCCUUACAAUGGAACACACCCUAUCAUGGAACACACAGAGCAACACAGAAACACUCCUUACAACGGAACACACCCUAUCAUGGAACACACAGAGCAACACAGAAACACUCCUUACAACGGAACACAACCUAUCAUGGGACAUUUUCUACCAUGGAAUAUACUUUACCAAGGAACUAUCUUAAUCAUGGAGCACAUCCAGCUAUCAAACACACACUACAAAGGAACACUCCCUGGAACUCCAGUGCAACUCUGCUUAUCAUUGAACACUCUCCACCAUGAAACAAUAACUGCCAUGGAUUUCCCUACCAUGGAACAGACGACCCUACCAUAA